ACGUCCGCCCUCAACCUCGUGCCCUCUCCCGUCUUACUCGUCGGGUUGCUCACUCCCAGUGGUCGUGAGCCAUUCAUCGGUGUGGCGUGGAAGACGUGGCGCACUUAUCAACACAUUCCAUCGCUGCUCUUCUUCUUACUUUCAGGCCAAUUUUUGAAACUGUGUGUUAAUUGUUGUGCUUGAGCGAUUGUGUCUUCUUCGUUCAGUUCGCAGUUGUUGAAAGUUCGCUGUUGUUUUGUUCCUCGGAGCUUUGUUUGUUGUUGGUUUGGUUAUGUUUCUCGGUUAGGUGGGGGGAGGCGAAUUUUAGGUUUGUGGAGGAGAGGACAGGAGAGUGGAGCCUUGUGUUUUCACUUUUUAUUGUUGUCGUAGUGUUUCAAAGUUGGUCGUGCUUGUGUGAGAGUUUUGUCUUCCUCUCCUGAGGGGAAAAGUAGAUGGCAGGUAUGCCGGGUCUUGAAAUCCAGAGAAGGGGCGAAGAGGAGGAUAUUUUUGAUUCCACAGUUCACCUUGAAGGUUCACACUUUGAGCAAGGGUUUCAGGAUGGUUUUCGGGAUGGUGUCGAACUCGGGAAGGUAGAGGGGAGGGAAGUAGGGCUGAAGACAGGAUUUGAACUCGGGGAAGAAAUUGGAUUCUUCAGAGGCUGCGUGAAUAUUUGGAACGCCGUCUUGCAGAAGGAUCCGUCUGCAUUUUCUGCCAGAGCUCAGCGAAAUAUUCGUGUGUUUGAUCAGCAGCUGAAUAAUUAUCCUCUUAAAGAUCCUCAGGACGAAAGGCUUCAAGAUUCGCUGGACUCCUUACGGUCUAAAUUUCGUCUCAUUAUGUCCUUAUUGUCAAUACAACUUGAUUACCAGGGUUUAGCCAAGGUGGAUCAUACAGAAGACUCACUAUUUUAAAUAUAGAAUGGAACCUUGUUGAGUUCAUUGUCUUUACUUUUGUUUAGGGCAAUCGAUACUCAAGUAGGAAAAGCCACUUCGCGAAUUCACAGGGCUUCAGUAUCUGAUUCUGAAACCAAGAUUUUGUAUACCAGAACCUCCACCAUGCGUUCGAACAGUGACUCAGUGAUUAGCUCUUGUAAUGGAGAAGGUUUACUGGAGAUAGGAUAACUUGAUAGCGAACACAUGCAGAAGAAUUUUAGAAUUUUCUGCAUCUUCAAUACAUAUGAUGAUUGUUACAGUGAUGACGGAUAAGUCAUAGAAGGCAAGAUGAGAAGCAAGGAACACGAACAUAACCUCGAAUGUGAUCAUGCUAACGAUGGGGCGAAUGACUCCAUCCAGCCUCCUAACAACUGAGAUAUCGUAGAUUGGACUGCUGGAUAUGUCAAUUAAGUAUUUUUCGGGCUUUCAUGUUCUGGAAGAGAGACCCAACCUCAACGUAGCUGCAUGGGAAACGAGAGUCAGGUACGGGUGUUACACAGAGCCAAGGCUUUGUUCAAAAUGGUAGUUGGGUAGUCGGUUUCUCGUUUUGGAGUAAACCCCUACUCUAUACUGUCGGCUUGCAACCCCUGUGUCCAUGAUGUACUACUUUACAGUAUAAAAUGAACGGAUCUUGGGGUUACAUCACUAUGUUUUUUUUCCAAAGGUUGCUGCUAUCAAAUCUCCCGAGAUAACUGGUCUACUUUCAGGUAGAACCUUGAUGGACUCAGAUUCACCUCGAUGGUUUGAAAAUCUUUUCAAUUGCCAUUGUCGAAGGCAAUCGGGAAGUCGCAUCUCAUGAUACUUCAGAUGGCUUCGUAUUUGACUGGGUCCUUUUGUUUUUGGGAUUAUUAUCAAGUUUAAAUGACUUUUCUUC